AUGCUCCCUUGUUUGAAGCCAUCCGUACCAUCGGCAGGCAAUAAUAUAUCUUCCCCAGCUUCACAAGUUCAUUCAGGGGACAAUACGCCUGCAUCUAGCGUCCAGCUCUCGCCCACCAUCAACCUCAAUCGCGAAUACACUCGCGCCCUCCAAACAAACUCCUACAGCGAAAUCCGCAGAACAUUCGACCCGUCUGCCAACAUCCCCCCCGACCAGCAUGUCGAGACCGGCCACGCUGGCCUGUACAAUGUCCUCCAGCCGAGCCGCGAGCACGUCCAGGAAGCACUUUCCCAAAUCGCCCCUGGCUCCCUCUCCCGUCUCGUCACCACCUACUUCGAACAGAGUGAGCAGACCUCCCACCUGUGCCUGCACUUGUACCACGACAUUCAACAUGUCCGACUCGCUUACGGCCCCGUGCACGGCCUCAUCGAACACCUGCCGUUUGACUCCGGGUCGCACUCCCUCUCCACCUCCCAGUGCGAGGCGGCUUUCGAGGCCUUCGUCCGGUUUGACCAGCUGGAAAACCCGUUUCUACCCCCCGACUCCCUCAACUUCGAUGUAAUGCGUUCGUGCUUCUUGGACCUCAGGCGGCAGCUCGACCGCCGGCUCAAAAAAUCCCGAUCGACGCUUAACCGAAUGCGCCGGUGCUCGGUGGGGUCCGCUGUCUGCCUUAUUGUGGUUACUGUGGGCGUUGCUAUAUCUGCCGUGGCCAUAGGUGCGCAUGCUCUCGUGGCACUUGUGGCAGGCCCCAUGUGCCCGCCUGUCAUUCUGCCUUAUGGUGUGGGUAAAAAGGAGUUGGUGCAUUUGAGUCAGCUGGAUGCGGCAGCCAAAGGUGCGUACGUGCUGGGGAAUGACGUGGACACGAUUGAGAGGUUGGUGGCGAGGCUGCAGGCAGCGGUGGAGAACGAUAGGUUACUGGUGAGGUUAGGGGUGGAGAGAGGGCUCGAUGGGUACUCGAUUCAGGAGGUUCUGAAGCAGCUCGGUAGGAACCGGGCGAGCCUGGUGCAACAGCUCGAGGAUCUCGAGGAGCAUGUGUUUCUGUGCUUUGCGGCCAUCAACCGGGCCAGGGCGCUGCUGCUCCAGGAGAUUCGUGCGAGUCGGGAACCUACGUGA